AUGAAGCAAUUGAGGAGUUUCUUGGGUCUUGUCGGUUAUUACAGAAGGUUUGUAAGUCAAUAUGGUACAAUUGCAAAACCCUUGACUGAUAUGUUGAAAAAGGAUAAUUUUAGUUGGUCUUCUACAACAAAAGAAGCAUUUCAGGAAUUGAAGCAAAGGUUAGUAGCAGCACCAGUUUUGGCCCUACCAGACUUUUCUAAGGAAUUUGUAGUGGAGGUGGAUGCUUCUGGCCUAGGCUUAGGUGUUGUGUUAAUGCAGAAUCACCACCCAAUUUCCUUCAUCAGUAGAAGUUUGAACAAGCAGCAACAGUCCUUGUCAACAUAUGAGAAAAAGCUAUUGGCAGUUGUGCCCAUGGCUACUCCACUUACCUCGCCUCCUCCUCCUACAGUAGCAUCAGAGUCUCCGUCUACCUUGAAGCAGACACGCAAAGCCACACGGCUACGAUCCUUGGUCACUAGAUCACCUGGGGCAGAGAGACCAGUGGUACAGGUUGAUCCUGUGACUGGGAAGGCUGACGGUCCCCACAAGAAAAAAUUAAGAACAUAUUUGGGGAUUGUUCGUGAUAAGGUCGACGUGACAUAUGAGACUUGGAAGGAACAAGGAGAAAUUGGCCCAGUUUUGUCAGAACCGCAUAGACCCCUCCUGGGAGGAUGUGCGGAAAAAGGCAUAGGCCAUCCUGAAGCAAAACACCGCCCCCCACGUGUUGUCUCGUGA